ACCUGGUAGACGGUCGAGCUUUGUUCGUUUUGCUAUCGCGGUUUCCUGCUACUGAAAACCCUGCCAAAUUCGAUUUACUUUCGAAGCACGCGUUUCCUUUCUAUCUGUGAAGAUCUGACUUGUCAGCUAGGAUGGGAAAUGAAUACAUGAAUGAAUAGUUCUUGUUGACACUCGAGGUUGGUGUUGCUUUUAAAUAAUUUAGUUGUUUUGUGGGCACUGUUUUCAUAAUAUCAGCAAGGCCGGGUCGUGUUGUGACGAAUGGUUUUACAAGAAACGCUGCAGAUAAUGUAGGGAAAAUUGAAGGAAGUCUUGAAAAUCGAUUCAUGCUCCGUGGAAAAGGAAGCACCGGCAGUGAGGUGGAAUGAAUUGGUUGUAGAGAAAAUAAUCAUUGUUUGUAGCUACUGGAAAUUAGCCAUUCAAAAAAAAAAGUCGAAGAGAAGAAAAACUCAGUUAUUCAUUAUUAUUGUGUGAAUCAGUGUGUUAAGUAACCCACCUGUAGAUUGUUUAUUGGUUGUGACGGGUUUCUCUUUUCGCAACGAAGCCGAUAUGACCAGCACAACAAUGCAAACCGUAAUCAAAAAUCCCAGCUGGUGGCGACGUCGAACUGCGCUGGAGAAAGUCCUUACCCUGAUCAGUAUCGUAUGUGCCAUUGCUGUUGUGGCUCUGCUGGUUUCACUUCUCACGGUGCUGCUUUCCGAACGGAUCAAUAAAGCGGACAACGGUACAUCUCAUUCGCCACAAGCUUUAACCGGUUCUCGACGAGGCAAAACCAUUAAAUUUGGCUCCAGCGCGGGAAAGGAGACGGACGACCUGUGUCUGACGCCAGGAUGCAUCCAUUCGGCCUCCAAAGCACUGGAACAGAUGGACUCCAGCGUGGAGCCAUGCGAUGACUUCUACAAUUACGCUUGUGGAAGAAUGGUCCGAGAGACCAACAUCCCGGACGAGAAAGUUUCGGUUAACACCUUCUCGGUAAUAGGUGACCGGCUCCAGGAGCAGCUGCGUUCGCUGGUUAGUGAGGAAAUCGGCGAGAAUGAAGGGACACCAUUCAAACUGGCGAAGAACCUUUUCAAGUUGUGCAUGAACAAAACACGCAUUGAAGAAAAGGGCACCAAACCGUUGUUAGAUAUUCUAGAUACGCUGGGCGGAUGGCCGGUUCUAAAAGGUGAUCAAUGGGACUCGGACUCUUCUUGGUCGUGGGUUAAGUCGGUCAAAGAUUUCCGCCAGCAAGGUUACAGCACCGAUUACUUUUUCGAUUUUUCUGUUGGAACAGAUUUGAAAAACUCUACCCGCAGAAUCAUUGAUACGGAUCAAGCUGCACUGGGAAUUAGUCGUGAAUAUCUAGUCAAGGGCUUCGAAAGUCCUAUAGUAUCGGCCUAUUAUAGCUAUAUGGUUGAUAUGGCUGUGUUGCUGGGCGCCGAAGAAUCACGUGCCAAGCGAGAACUUCUGGAUUCGUUGAAUUUUGAAAUUGCUCUUGCUAACAUUUCAUUGCCGAAUGAGAAACGCCGCAAUGCUACAGCGUUGUACAACCCAAUGACUGUUAAGGAGUUCCAGAAAAAAUAUCCCUAUACCAAUUGGGUCGAUUAUUUCAAUGCCAUUCUUAAGGACACUGGAAUAACGAUUGAUGAAAAUGAAGUCAUUAUCGUUAGUGUUCCAAACUUUAUGGAGCAAUUGGGACCGCUACUUCAAAAUACGCCGAAACGUACUAUGGCAAACUACGUAAUGUGGCGGAUAAGUGGAUUUUCGUCAUUUUUCCUUACCGAAAAGCUCCGAAAGAGGCAGUUGCAGUACAGUACGGCAUUGAGUGGUAAACAGGAACAAGAACCUCGGUGGAAAGAAUGCGUCGAUAUUACAUCCGGAAGUCUGCCAAUUUCAGUUGGAGCACUUUACAUUAGAAAAUAUUUCAGAGAAGAUUCCAAACGAGCAGCUUUGGAUAUGGUGAAUGACAUUAAGGCCAUAUUUGUUGGUAUUCUUCAAAAGGUAGACUGGAUGGAUGAGGUCACACGGAAAUCAGCGUUGGAGAAAGUGGGAUCAAUGGUCACCCACAUCGGAUAUCCAGACGAACUGAUGGACGACAAUAAAAUCGCUGAAUACUAUGAAGAUCUCCAAUUUAAACCAGAGGAUAAUUACCUAAACACAAUUCUAUACAUGAACCAGUUUGGAACCACUAAAGCAUUUAAAAAACUCCGUCAAGCGGUUAACAAAACCGACUGGAUCACCCACUCAAGGCCGGCCGUUGUCAACGCAUUUUACUCAUCGAUUGAAAACAGUAUUCAAUUCCCAGCGGGUAUACUACAGGGUCAAUUCUUUUCGUACGACCGUCCAAAAUACAUGAACUACGGUGCCAUAGGAUUCGUCAUCGGACAUGAAAUAACGCAUGGUUUCGACGACCAAGGUCGUCAGUUCGACAAAAACGGUAAUCUAGUUGAUUGGUGGCAAACGGACACCAAAACGGCCUAUCUGGAAAAGGCUCGCUGCAUCAUUGAACAGUACGGAAACUACACCGAACCCAACGUAAAGCUGAAUCUGAACGGAAUCAAUACGCAGGGAGAAAACAUCGCCGAUAAUGGAGGCAUAAAGGAAGCGUACUACGCCUACCGGAAAUGGGCCGAGAAAAAUGGGCCCGAACCACGCCUGCCCGGACUGGAAAUGACACCGGAGCAAAUGUUCUGGCUAUCGGCUGCCCAAACCUGGUGCUCCGUAUAUCGACCUGAGACGAUGAAAAUGCGAAUCACAACCGGAGUUCAUUCGCCGGGACAAUUCCGAGUGCUCGGUCCGAUGAGCAAUAUGGUUGAGUUUUCGAAAGACUUCAACUGUCCCUCCGGAUCGCCAAUGAACCCGGAGCAGAAAUGUGAAGUUUGGUAGACUAGUUUGGAGUCAGUGUUUUGAUGCAACGUUCCCUGUGUUCCUUUCCAUUAAAACUGGCUGAAUCCCAAAUUGUAUGAUUUUAUACUUUCGUUUCUUUUAUCAAAUUGCUCUCCGCGAGCAAACGUGAUACGAUAGGAACCCUCAGUCAGUUAUUCAUUUACUUUAUUGAAAGUACUUACAAUUUAAAAAUUGCUAUCGUGGAGCUGUUCACAGUGCAGCAAUUGUGUUAAAGGAUUUUUUCAUGUAUUCAGCAAUACUUAACCUUUUAAACGCUACUAGUAAUUUAUUGACUUCUGUCUGAAUACAUGAAAAAAUACCUCGAAACAAACGGCAUAGAAUGGCGAAAUUUGCAAUUUUGUUAUCGAUGCGUAAUUGUAUUUAUCGCAAAGGUUAGAAGAUUUUAAAUCAAUCCCGCUAAACUUACUCUAAAGAAAGCUGUCAGCUUGCUCAUUGUCAGUGGAUGCAUACAUUGUACGUGUUACGACAUAAUAUAGUGAAUUGAUUGUUUCUUAUUUCGUAUUACUGUAAUGUUUACAAUAGUGUAAAAUAAAUAAAAAAAUGUUUUUACAAAGCGA